GCAGUCAAUAUUUAGCAGCUUCAUCAUAUACGUGUACAACUAUAAUGUCUACAGACGAGGAGGUCCCGUUGGCCACUCGUCAAAUGCAUGAAGCUUUUGUCACAAUCUCACAACAAAUGCUUCAGUUCCGGGUGAAUACUGCACGUAUCACAACUCCUUCCGAUUACGAACCACAAGAAGUUUGGGUCAUUUACGAGACAUUAGAGUGCCCAGAUCAACGGCAAUACAUGAGAUCACGUGGAUUAGUGUCGAGGAAUAAACUUUGGAUGUUAAUGGAAACGGAAACGGAUAAAGAUUGGAAAUACUUCACCCAUAUAUUUUCGGAUGAUUGUAAAGUCUGCGUAUUCGUAGCAGAAUCCAUAGAAAUGGGUCACGAUAAGGAUGUUAUUCAAGUAGAAGAUGUUCAAUAUAAGAAGGCAAAAUUCACGGUAGCUCUAGUUAAAUACGUAUAUCAUGGACCUAUUAUUGUGACAGGACCAAAUGCUCAUUUCAAACUUUCUCGAAAUAAUAAAAAAUUGCUCUACUUUGCACUACCAAAUGAAGAACAAAAGGAAACGCAGGGACGUGGUGAGCGCCAAUUUGUGAUAUGCAUCUUCGAUUUCGAUGCGAAAGGAGUUACAGUAAUCACUGAUGAGAAUAUUUGUAAUCAGACGAUCACAGCAGUCGAAUGGACGCCUGAUGGUCGGGGAAUCGUAUUUCAUCGAGGACAAGACCUUCUCUGGCACAGAUUUGGAGAGAAAUAUAUAAAUGAAAUAUCAACGAAUCUAUCGGCUCCGUUGAGGAUUACUUUCUCGCCAGAUGAAAGUCGAAUGGCUGUAUUUCUACGACCGAAUAUUCACAAUGAUGCUGAUAUUAUUUUGUUCCAUUACCCAUUUGUAAAAGCUGCCGUCCAAGUGAGACAUGACGUGCUGAGACUAGGAAAAUCGAAAGUAUGGAGCGUUCCCGAUAGGCCGUGGGCUUGCAAUGGAAAGCAUUUAUUGUUUAACACGAAUUACAAGAAUCAAGUGAAUAAUUUGGCGAUUCACGUUGAAAGUUUAAGAACCACGUGCCUUGACUUGAAACGGCCUUCACUAAUUAUUGAUGUUCGAGGCGAUGAAUUCCUUUUUGAAACGAUCACAGCAAACGCUUAUUCUCGUCUUUGGCAUUCUCAAUUGGGCUCACAAAGUGAUGGUAAAUUCACGGCAUCGCUGUUAUGCACACACAAGCCAGAAAACGAUACGAUUCACAAUUUUCACAUUUAUCCAAUGAGUUUUCAAAAAAUUGGCAAUUCUGCGAUACUCUACAUGUUGCCGGAAUGUGUUUCUCCCGGAUCGAAGUUCCCGCUGGUCGUGGUCCCCUUUUCCGGAUUAGAACCUAAUUUCACCGUUAGUACCGUUGACCCUGUGCUCUCUACAAUGGUAACUUGUGGCUUCUGUGUGCUAGUUGUAAACUAUCGGGAGCCAUUUAUAGCAAUUCCAGGAACCUGCUUUCCAAAGAAUUGUGGUUCGGAAUGUAUUAAUGAUGUUCAUGAAACUGUACUAGAAGUUCUCGAGAGACACGGAGCGCGGUUAGAUGAAAAAUAUAUUUACUUGUAUGGAUUUGAAUUUGGAUCUUUUGUGGCGUGUAGUCUGAUUAUCAAACAUAAGAAAUUCUAUAAAGGAUGUGCACUCGUACGGCCGAUGCUCGAAUUUCCAUUCACAACGUGUGCAGUUGAUACAGAAAACCCUGAAGCUGAAUUUCUGAAAGACGUGGAGCCGGUCUCACAUGCGUCUGAAAUUGUUACUCCGAUGUUGAUUGUUCUGGAGAAUAAAAGCGAUACAAAGUACAAAGAUUUUGAGUCUACAAUUCACAAUAAUGGCGUUCCGUGUUUUGGAGAAUACGAAGAAGAAGACGAACAAGUGAAUGAUUUCGUUGUGAAAGUCAUUCAAUUUUAUAGAACACCAUAUGGAGAAUACGAGAAUGGUUCUAGAAUUGAAACGCCGGUUCCUGAUGAUUAAUUAUUUAUUUUUUCUUUCUUGAAUUAUUACUAACUUAUAUUGUUAAUUCAUUAAAAAAACGCCGAUUAGAACAAUGUCUACAUCAGCUUUAAUUCGUUGUUAAAAUAUGUUACAAAUUGGAAUUUCGCUCAGUUUUAAAUUUUUUAUGUGUCGUUAUGCUCAGAUAUAUAUUUUCUUUUUUUGAAAUCUCGAAUAAAAUUUGAAUUUCGUUAAAU